AUGUUCAUCAUGGUGUAUCGUGUUCCGAGAGCUCUUGUCUCAAGCAACGACCUGCUAGGGCAAGGCGCCUGGAAGCAGGCCCUAGUGUUACUCUUCAGGAGGCUAGCGAGCCGUGAGAAGCGCUCUGCAAGGUUGUGCCUCACGCUGCGCCACGACCCACACGAGCUGUGCUGCAGGUUACACACUGCUCAACGCCGUCAGCAGCAGCAAGAGCACCAGCAACAGCACCAGCAGCAGCAGCAGCAACAGCACCAGCAGCAGCAGCAGCAGCAGCACCAGCAGCAGCAGCACGCAAUGUCCGCGCCCAUCACGUUCUACGACAUCGGCCUGCGCCCCCCCGCCGCAAAGAACUGCUGCUCGCCGAACCCGUGGAAGACGCGGUUCGCGCUCAACUUCAAGGCGCUGGCGCACACGACCAAGUGGGUGGCGCUGCCCGACAUUGUCAACCUGCGAACGACGCUCCAGGUGGCGCCGACACGCAAGUUCGCCGACGGCAGCGACUUCUUCACGCUGCCCAUCAUCGAGGACGCGUCGACGGGCACGACGCUCGGCGACUCGCUCGACAUAGCCGUCUACCUGCAGCAGACGUACCCGUCAGCAGGCGACGGCGACCUCUUCCCCGACCAGCCUCUCGACUACGCCUUCGACCCGGCCGAGGGCCUGCUCGUGCCGCUGUCGGCCGUGCGCGACAGCCCGUACCCGGCGUACGCAACGUUCAACGUCCACGUCGACGGCGCCUUCACGGCGCACACGCAGCUCACGACGGUCGGGUUCCCAUUCGACCCGGCCAACGAGGCGGCGACCAAGGCCAUCUUUGUCGACCGCGCGCGGCCGUACAUGACGGCGUGGGAGGAUUUCGCGCUGCGCGGCGACGACAGGGCGCGCAUGCUCGCGUCGUUCGAGGCGACGCUCGCGCCGCUGGCGGUGCUCUACGGGCGCGACGCGGCGGGGCCGUUUCUGCUGGGGGCGCGCGCGAGCUAUGCUGACUUUAUCGUCGGCGCCUGGCUGCGCAUGUUCGACGUGACGCUGCCGGCAGAGGAGUGGCAGCAGGUGCGGGGGUGGCAUGGCGGCAUCUUUGGACGGUUGCACGACGGGCUGCAGGCGUAUGCCGAGGUCAAAUAG